UUACCAUUUGUUCAACGGUGAAUGAUUGAGUCCACACUGUUGACACUAUUAGUUUGACAAUACAUAUGUCAGCCUUUUAUGUUUUUUUUUUCUUUUCUUUUUCAUAUGUGUCAAAUAUAUGCAUAACACUCGUUUUUCGGCACUUUUCAUUUGAAUCAUGCAUUCAUUUUAACUGUUUUCCAUACAAUUUUUAAUUGUUGCUAUUUUCUUAAAAUUCAAUUGACUAACUAAACCAAGUUCAACGAAUAAAGACAUGGCAAAGAUUUUGAACAUUCAAUUUAAUCAUAAGAAAAUGAAAAUUUUAAUUCUCAUUGCAUGCAAUGCAAGAAAAUGUUUUACUUGUUAAAUAGACUCGAAUCUCGAAAAUAAAAUGACAAAAAAACUGUGAUUGAAAGAUUUGCAGUGGUUUCAUCUUGUUGAAAUUCAAAUUGACCGGUUAUAUUUCUCCUUGCAUCGAUUGUCAAUUAUGUUGAGAUAGAGGUAAUCAGUGAUGGGAGAUAAGUCGAAAAAAUUGUGUCAAGGCAAAGACACGUUUGAGCGCAUGAAUUUUUUGUACCAAGCGGCAUCUCAAAUCAUACCCAAAUCCAAAGCUCUAUCCUGUUACUAUGGUGCACAGUGCAAAUUGAUUUCGAAAAAAUCACUGCAACGAAUGGAGCCAGAAAUGAAACGAACGAUAUGCAAACAAUGUGGCCUAAUGUUGAGACCGGGUGUGUCUGCCGAAUUGUCAAUUCAAGAUGAGCACCGGGACGACGUUAAUUCAUGUCUGAUCAAGUGCAACAAAUGUAACGCCACCAAGCGCUACGUUGUAAAUCCAAAGUACAAUGGAUGGCUUGAUGCACAAGAAUCCGUUGCUGAAGUGCUUAAACCCAAUGAAACAACUGAUAAAAAGCAAUGAAGCAUUUGAAGCUGGCGGAAACAUGAUUUUUGACUCUGGACAGCGUCAGUUCAAGUGGAAAUAAAACUUUACGCCAUCCGAUGUGUGGCCACCGUGUGAUAUGUGUGCUGAACACAAUUUUGUCGAUGAAUAACAUGAAUAUCAUUAAUUGAAUGCUCCACGUGUUUGCAAUAAAACAAAGCAUUUUCGAAUGAGAUAAGGUGAAUGAUAAUAAA